AUGCAUUUUCAUUUUAUAUUUAAAUUGCAUUUCGUAAAAUUACGUGAAAUAUAAAAUGUCCUCGGAUUUUCAUGUCACCUCCGUAACUGGGGCCGUUAUUUCAAACUACAGCCAUAAAAGAGUGGGGAUGAGUCUGAUUUACUGCAAGAGCGAUCCAUGAGGUCAGUUCAUGUUUGUCGGCUGAAGGAGUAGUUGUCCUGCGCGUAUCAAAAUAGUUACACGUGGUCAAAUGCCGAUUUUUGUACGUGUAUAAUUUUCUUUUCAGCUGUACCUGACGGUGAACAAAGCGAAAGACGAGGUGUCGAUGCUAGUGGCAGCCAAGACCUCUGGGGCCACCCCCUUGGUUAUCGCCUGCCGAAACGGACACUACGACGUCGCUGAAUACCUCAUCAAAGAAUGUCAUGCCGAUUUAGAGCAACCAGGUUCUGUUAUCUUCGAUGGAGAGACGAUAGAGGGCGCUCCUCCGCUAUGGUGUGCAGCUGCUGCCGGUUACCUUUACAUCGUCAAAUUGUUAGUUUCUCAUGGUGCCAAAGUCAACACAACCACAAGGACCAAUUCCACCCCCCUUAGAGCUGCCUGCUUUGAUGGUCACCUAGAUAUUGUCAAGUACCUGGUAGAAAAUGGGGCAGAUAUCGAAGUUGCAAACCGUCAUGGCCACACCUGCCUGAUGAUAGCCUGCUACAAGGGUCACAUAAAAAUCGCCAAAUACCUGUUAAGCCUCGGCGCGAACGUAAAUCGGAAAAGCGUCAAGGGUAACACGGCCUUACACGACUGCGCCGAAUCCGGCAGUUUAGAAAUACUCAAGUUACUCAUAGAACACGGAGCUACCAUGGAUGUCGACUCGUACGGUAUGACGCCAUUGCUAGCAGCGGCAGUGACAGGACACAGCCACAUAGUAGAAUAUAUAAUAAAAAUCCCUCAUCUUGUAUCAAGACGAGAAAAGAUAGAUGCGUUAGAGUUACUAGGUGCGACAAGUGUCGACAAGAAACGUGAUAUGAUUGGUGCUUUAGAAUUAUGGAAACGAGCGAUGAAUGAAAGGUAUCAUGGAGAUGGCCCACUCAUUCCGAAACAUUUAACCCAGGCUGUAGCUGCGUACGAUUUUGCAAGAGAAAUCACAGAUCCAGAGCAAUUAGAUGACUUGAUGGCUGAUCCUGACCAAAUGAGAAUGCAGGCGUUAGUGAUUAGGGAACGAAUUUUAGGGCCUGCACACCCGGAUACUAGUUACUACAUUAGGUAUAGAGGAGCCGUGUACGCAGACGCGGGCAAGUUUAACCGUUGCAUCGAGCUGUGGAACUACGCGCUGGACAUGCAGCAAAGUGUGCUGGACCGACUAAAUCCAAUGACGCAAAGCAGUCUCUUCAGUUUCACGGAGCUGUUUUCGUUCAUGAUGGGGGAAGAAGGGAAACAGACAACACGGGGGCGAGUGGUGCCGCCCGUCGACGUCCUGGAGAUUCUACACGUGUUUCGUAAGGCUAUUAAGGAGGUUGAGUUAGGAAGUAUAAUGGUAGAACGAAUCCCUCUGGCGGAAAGAGACAUGAACUACCUGACGAGGGUAAUGGUGAUCACAUUGCAUCUCGCCUCUCUGUUGACCAGACUGUUAGAGCAUAGGCCUUCUUCAGAUGAAGUAUCUCAACAAAUUCACAAAUCUAUCUACGAUCUCGUUAAAUUAAAGGUGAGGGCCAAACAAGGCAGGACUAUGUUGCACCUUGCUUGCUGUAGAGAUGCAUCUAUCCUAGGAAGGUAUCCAGCCAGUCAGUUUCCAUCUCCUCAUUUAGCAGAGAUGCUGCUGAAAGUAGGAGCUGACCCUUGUGCCGUUGACGACGAGGGCAACACCCCCCUGCACCUAGCCGCCCAGGCGCGUCCUUGUCCUGCAGGCGUGACUCGCGCCCUACUUGACGGGGGUGCACACUUGGACCUGGUCAACGCAGAUGGGCAAACCUUCGCGCAUCUGCUGAAGAGCCAGAAGCCGCAUGAACUUGUGAACGUUGCCAGGUACACAAAGCUGAGUUGUUCUGCAGCUAGAGUGAUCAGACAGUUCAAGAUACCAUACAAAGGCGCCGUGCCAGCGGCGUUGGAGUCCUUCAUCGCGUGCCAUUGAACUCCUUUUGUUUUAAGGGGAAGGAGAGCGGUUGAAAGGAGACGUUAUACUUAGGCCAGUUCUCGAAAAUAACAAUAUUUACAGUCACGCAUAUUUACGUUUUUUGGAGAGCCAGUGCUUUGAUUUGCCUUAAGAAAUAGACAUUGUCAGGUCUUGGACAAUAGUUGAAUAUAAUAAGAGCACAAAUGUGAAUUAUCUCCACAAGACCCCUCUGUAAAAGUUCACAAAUAGAAUCAGCUCCUUCAAGAAUACAAUGUAUGUUACUGAAACAGUUUUGAAACGGAAAUACGAAAUAUAAUUUGCAAGCACCUUGUUUGUUAAUGCGUCUUUUUACGGAUUUUGAACUUUUAUGCAUCCAUCUGCCUCAUACAUACAUACCCAAUCAGCCUCUGUUGUCAACGUAUGUCUUCCACAUGUAUGCUUGUCACUGUCAUACACGCCCUUGCAAUGAGCGUGUGAUUUGAGUGACAAUGUUUACAGUUUUUACUUCAUCUAUUGGUGUAUAUUCAAGGUCAAGGUUAAUAACAACUCUAUUACCCAAUUUAUGUGCGCAAGAGGAGUAGCAGCUGCGUUAAAGAUCUGUUUCUGCAGUGUGAAAUUGUCCUUGGAACAGUGAAGUAAUAUCCGUACAUAUUAGAGAUAGUCGAUGACAUUGAUAACUGGCAAAAUCUGUGAAAAGCUCUAUACCUUCAAUUAACUAGUUUCGUCUGCGCCUUCUGUUCGGUAUCGAUUCCAAAGCACUACGCUUGCGGACUUGAAAUAUCAGCGUCGUGGUGAGAAGUUCGGCGUGAACUUUUAGUAACAGUUCUGCGUUAUCGAAUCUAUUCAGAAUUGAUUCUGGAUAUGUCAUAACGAUUAUCGUUAAACUGAUACUAAGAGUUCAAGAUUUUUCUCGUCGAGAACGCCGAUUUUGCAAGUGCGCAUGCGUUGUGUUUAGAAAUCGGUGUCGAUUGUGUCCCGCGAACGACGCUGCUGAUGAUUCUUAAGUAUUUUGUUUGAGGAUGAAACAAAGCACUGGCAUGAUAGAUAAUGUAACUGAUACGUAGAUAGCAAGUGAGUUCCAAUCAAAUUUGACCUCAUGAAGACCUUUCGAGGCCUAAUAGAUUUUAUUUAGCAUAUUCUAUCAUAGAAUAUAAACCAGUUUGAACCAAAUCAAAUCAAAAUGUACACAAUGUUUGACAAAACACUGCACAUCGAUACAGAUAUUCAGUAUCGAGUCUAACAAAAAUCAUUGACCCUUAGACAUCAAGCAUGGAGCCUAAUAUACCACGAGAACCCGCCAAAUGAGAAAAAACACCCCAGAACUUGACGCCUGACUGAAGCGCGUACCAGCGCAUGGCAUCCGAGGUUAUAAUACGAGAUCCGGCGCUGAAUCUGUUUAUUUCAUGUCACAAAUUUCCAAAUUUUGCUUUCAUAAUCUGUACGGCUUAUUGAAGGUGGUCUCACGGGCUGCAGCAGUAUCCCAUGUCUAUGCUGACGGAGAAUACCGAAAACGGCCGAUUACAAAUUUAGUCUAUGCCCUACGCUUCUAUCCCUGUUGCGCAGAACUGUUUUAUCUGCGGGAGGGUGCAAUUCCUGUUUUUGAAAUGGUAUAGUUCUGCUUCUAAUGGGAAGAAAUAAUAGUAGAACAGAUUACAAGCAGAGUUGCGUGACAAAGAUCAAUAGUUAAUUAAAGGGGGAACUUCAAAAUGCAAACUAUGCUUGCAACAUACAGAUAUCAGUCAUGUUGGACAAUCUUUAAACUACGGGUGGGUGCAUUAAUGCCCCACGGUUUCCUAAGAUCUACCAUACUUCAUCUCCAGACAUCUUUUUUAAACGUUGUGUAUUCCGAAAUACGAUGUCUGUAAAUUAAGUGAUACACAUUUUCUUGUAUUUUUAUUAUUCAAAUAUAAUUACAGAUUUAUAUUGUCACCCGAAAAAUAACUUCCUUUUGAAGCCACACAGCUCAGGAUACGGCUCUUUCAUUCCUCAUAGCAGUGCUGGAAGUCAGGCGAAUAAGGAGGCUGAGGAGACGCAGGAAUGUCUUUACUGGCCAAAAACUCGUUUAUUGACAUUGCUGUGGGAGUAUUAUCGUGAUGCAACACCCAGUUGUUCUUGAUCUGAUGAACGGUGGUGCGAGUCAAAUUUAACUCUUCCCCGAUCAUUCUGACUGUCAACCGACAAUCUGAACGCACCAGAUCCCGGAUUCUGUCAAUAUUUUCAUCCGUAGUUUAAAAUGAAGGCCUUCCGCUUCGUAUUUCAUCUUCAAUCGACUCUCUUCCUACUGAAAAUGCCUUAAACCACCGAAAAACCUGGGCUCUUGACAAAACACUAUCUCCGUAGGCCUGCUAAAGUUCAGCAAGAGUUUCCGUUACACUGUGCCCAAGUUGCUCGAAAUUGAUGCCACACAUUUUUAAAACAAUAUUGAACAGUUUCACAAAAAAAAAAUCACUGCGGGCAACCAAAGGACUCGAGCGAAUUCAAACUUGUACUGAAGGUGGAUCACAUAUUCCCCUGUCUCCUCUAUAAGCCUGGCGCCUCCAGUGUUGCUAGAACGAACGAUAUGAUGCUAGUCUCAUCACUUAAUUUAUAGAUCUUGUAUACUUAUAUGAAAUUCUUCAUAAUCUUUCAUUUACGAUUGUGAGCUACGUUGAGUUGGCGUUAAACGUAUGUAUGAUCAAUCUGGCGUUGUCUUCCUUACAUUUUCAUCUAUUUCAAAUCAUUUUUUGUUGAUAUUUGUUUCAAACUGGGUUCUACGUACUGAUGCAUAGAUGUAACAUCUCUCUCACAGGGAACGUCUCCUGAGGCAUAUGAAUCGAAACAAUGUGAUAAUAAAUUUUACUAUUUUUAAAGGAUAUUGUGCAGAUAUAUAUAAGGCAGAUAUUUUUAACAGUCCCAUUUGUCUGUUCAUGUAGAAUAAUAUGAAACUCGUACAAAUGAAUGUUUUAAUGUUUAAAGAUAAGCCGUCAUCAUUGUACACAUGGAUCCUAUAUACAAAACCAAAUGGAAAUUACUUUUUGUUUAAAUUGUCAUAUUGAAGUUCAGUUUACAAGUAGUAUAAAUAAUGAUAGCAUUGCAAUACUUGGAAUCUUGCAACAGCAUUAUUUAACUGUAAGCGACAAUAUUCAAUUUCAUAUAAUAAUAAUAAUUUAUUCAUACCAAUUACAAAUUGUGAAUAAAUUAUUAUACAUAAAAUAUAACCCUGUUACAGUUUGAAAUGUAUGUUCAGUAGACCAUUUUCAUACUGUUUACUGACAGAUGACGGUCAUUGCGGUUGGAGAAAAACUCAUUUGUUUUAUGGUUUUGGUGAUCAUUAAAGCUGGACUAUGUCUUGUCGAGCCAAGAAAUAUCCAAACAUCUAAUGAGUGUUAUGAAAUUGAUUUCUAAAUACAUAAACGAAAGUAUUGGAAUAAGACAAUUUGAACGUUGAUAUCUUCAUAUUUGAGUCAAUUUAGUAAAAAGUUGCUUCUAUAGAUUUUUACACUGGAUCCUUUCAUCCUUUUACCGUAGUCUCUACUCAUAUAGUGAUUCUAUGCAUGUCAUGCAAGUACUGAAAGUUACUUUUAAGUGAUCACUUUUCCUGUCAUCACUUUAGUUUAUCGUUUUUAAGAACUGAUUUUGCGGACAUUGUACUGUUCUUGGUCAUGUGUGAGCUUGCAGAAAUGUUUGCUACAUAAAGUAAUUCACAUUUCUACAUAUCAUCUAGUUAAAUAGUUUCUCGUUCUUUAUUCUGCUUAAUACACAUGAGUUAAAUAUAUUCAAUUAAAUAUAUAAAACAUAAGAAAGUAUACUUUCAUCAAAUCAAGUUUCUGGUCAAGAUUAUGGUUGAAAUAAUAGUGCAAAUCCAAUUAUAUGUCACAAGUGUUACGAUUCAACGUGGAUAACUUCGUUAGUCUUAAAUUUGAAGCAUAAUUCUCCAAGUGUUUUUAUCAAAUAGCAAUACAAGUAACAUUUAAAAAUUUGGAAGCUUUCUAAUGACCAAACGACGUAAUAGUCUACGAUAUUACACCAUGAUCCCAGUAGCAGAUUGUAGUUAAUUCCAUAGAAUCUUAAGGUGUUUCUCAGUCAGUGAAGCGUUUCCAGAUAUACCUGAAUAAAUUGAAGUCGAGAACUUUGGUUCUUUUUGUGCGCUAGUCGAGAAUGUAGGUCGUCAUUCCCCAUUGUCUUUCUGAAAGUACAAGUGCGCAUCCAGCAUUUGUGUCACAGGAAGAUACAUUUCGGCAUCGCAAUUUUCAAUAAGAGAAGGAGUCGACCGCGGAAUAUUCUGCACUCGCUGCCAUUUGGCCAUAUGCAUUCACAAUUAUUGAGGCAUAAAUUCCAAUUUCCAAAGAUAUUAUCUUCCAGUUAUUAUUAUAUAAAGGUGUAAGAAAAUUAGCAAUGUAUCUAUUGCGUUUAUAACUAGUCUGUCUCUUGUGAACUAAAUGAGUUAAUAGUUUUCGUUGGAUUAUAUUGUCGUUUUAGUUCUAACACAGCGUAACUCAAACCUGGCAAACCUUUAAACGAGAAAAAACGGCAGAUCUUUGGAUUCCCUAUCAAAUAAAACGCAUAUCUUGGUGGCGCCAUUUUUUGAGCUCACGAUACGAUGUUAAAACUAUGUGGAAAUUAUUUAAGAAAAACCUAUUUCCAUGUCUCCUUCAGAGGCAUGUUUCUCCGGAAUCAAGAGCUGUUUCGCAAAUGGAGAUGAUCAAAUACAAUAGUUUCAGAAUAGUCCCGAGUCACUUAUAGAAUUCUUGCCCCAUAACCAAACUAAGACAAUACCAUCAUGCUAGGUUUCAAACAAAAGUGUCAAUCAUAUGAAAUAGUCCCGCUUUUCUCUGAGUUUUUUCGUCAAAAAGUGUUUUUAUUAAAAUUGCUCACAGCGUUAAAGGCGCGCGAUAAAAGGAUGUCUGAAUUUUAAAUUAGCUACCUUAAACACAAAACACAUUAGGCUCGAUUUCCAAUAAUGCACUAACCGGUAUGCACUGCUACCAAGCCCAAAAACGCAGAAUCUCUAUUUUAUUUAUAUUUGCGUCAAGCUGAACGUACAGGCAUCCAUAUUUAGCCCUUACCCUCUUAUCUCCUCGCCGUCAUCGAUGCACUUAGAAAUUGAUCAGGGUUGCCAGAUAUGGUGAUUUUUCACCACAUCUGGUAAGUUUUUACCCAUUUGUAUCCAUUACGUAUUUGCAAAAAGUCUGUAUUUUAUUAAAUUUAUCAAAGAGAUUGGAAAGCCAUAAAUAUUGGUGGUCAGUGAAGUAAUGCGUAGAAGUGACCGCGCAUAAAGCUAGGAGGAAAAUGGAGACGUGGGUUGCAAGACAACACUCUCAGAAAUGGAGAAGUAUCUCCAGACAUCUCCGCCAGGCACGGGAACUCAUUGAAGGACCCAGUGUUAAGGGUGGACGCUUCUGCCUAUCUCAGGAUAGAGCCAACCUAAGGUUGCUGGUGGGACUAUUGUCUGGCCAUAACACGUUAAGGCGUCACCUGCACGUGAUGGGGGUGGCUGAGGAUCCCUUGUGUGAACGCUGCGGGGUAGAGGAAGAGACCUCUGCGCACGUUUUGUGUCGCUGUGAAGCUCUGAGCUACCAUAGGCAGACUAUACAGUGGUCCAUUACUUUGGACCCUCAGGACAUCAAGGAGCUUGGACUCAAGGCGAUUCUCAACUUCACUAAAAGGCUUGUGAUCUAAGGAUGGUAGAGGUGCAUAAGGGCCCGCUUAAGCGGCCUAUGCACUGGCUCCUUAUGGUGGCCGGAAUGCCUCUAAUUUCAAGAUUCAUUCAUUCAAUGCGUAGAAGAACAUUAUCGAAAUUAUCGUCGCAGCCAUUGUGAUUUUUUUGUAAACAGGGUGAGUUUUUAGUGUCUCCGUCGAUAAAUCCGUUAUUUUGCAUGAUAUCUGAAAAAAUUAGGUACAAAAAUUAUAUCCGGCAGCCAGCUCCCUACAUGGAAGGUAUUUUUAUCUUAAUAGGGUAUGUAUAUUCAACCAUUUUCAUGUAAACUAGAAUUUUCGGGUCGUUUGGAAUUAAUAACAAAUAUCCGCGGCUUGGUUCCGCUCCAUGAGCAAGGGUCACUAUGUCCAAUCUUUAAUAACUUCAUUGUUGUUGGAACGGUUUUCCAUUCUCUGGUCGUUUGAAAGAAUUUACAAAUUUUGUAGUUUUGUACCCAUCCAUGCACAAUGGUAACAUCUAUGUCCAAUCCUCGAAACAUUCUGAGCAAAGAAGAAACUGUUCAUAUUGCGACCGAAAUUCUUUUGGUAUGAAAUAUGUUGAGAGUUUAGGAAACACCGUCUAUAGGUUUAAUUGUAGGUAAAUGUUUGUAUGUUUGUGAAUCAAUACUAAAUUCGGAGAUAUAAAAUGGAUAUAUAAUUAUGAGCGAUAGGGGUAAUUUCUAGGUAAAUUGCUAGUACAAGGUUGUUGAUUGAAAAUUUAGUAUUGCUCCAUGUACUAAUUGCUUGAUGUAAUGUCAGUGGUUCCAUUUCAUCCUAGACUUUCUACGAACCAACGUCAUUACGGAACAGAUAGUAUUUAAUGGAAAAAAGCGUGUGAUUAUGUUGAGUGCUGAUCAUUUACAGAUACAUGUAGCUAUACGAAUUUUGUUAUGUAUAUUAAAUGAAAAACUGUCGAGUAUACUUUAGUGUUUCAUUUCGCAUGCAUAUUGCUGUAGUGCAGAUAAACGCUUAAAUCAGAAACUGAGAACAAGGAAUCUGGUGAAGGGAAACACACGUUCUUAUCAGGACUUGCCAUCCAAUAAUUAACGUUCCAGCGGCAAAAAAGCAUAAUUCUAAUAAUAAUAAUAAAUUGGUCUUUAUUAACCCUACGUUAGGCGCGUGGUAUUUUGUAAUGAGUUUAAUCACGUGGUAGAUC